UCAUGCUGCUGCCAGGGGUCCAGAGUCUCUCAUGGGUCCCUGUACGGCCUCCCAUUGCUGCUGUCUCCAUCGCCACACUCUGCCAUGUGCCACUUUCAGGUCUCCUCACACUGCUGGUGUGUUCCAUUUUGUCAUAGGGUGCUGGCAGAUUACGGGCCUCCCAUUGCUUGCUGCUGCCAGGCCCGUAAUCUGUCAUGGGCCCCUGUACCGCCUCCUCAUGCUGCUGCCAGGUCCAGAGUCUCUCAUGGGUCCCUGUACGGCCUCCCAUUGCUGCUGUCUCCAUCGCCACACUCUGCCAUGUGCCACUUUCAGGUCUCCUCACACUGCUGGUGGGUUCCAUUUUGUC